AUGGCGAAGAAAACGUAUGACAUGUUAUUUAAAUUUUUGUUAAUAGGAGAUUCCGGUGUAGGCAAAACUUGUAUUUUAUUUAGGUUUUCAGACAAUGCGUUCACUACGACUUUCAUAUCAACAAUAGGUAAGGUACCUUAUAUUUUGCGAACCUGUCUCCUUUUCACAGUGUAUUUAACAGUUGAGAUAUUACGUCAGGAAAGAUUUCACACGAUCACUACGUCAUAUUACAGAGGUGCCAUGGGCAUAAUGCUCGUUUACGACAUAACAAACGAAAGGAGUUUUAAAAACAUUGUCAAAUGGUUAAGAAACAUUGACGAACAUGCAAACGAAGAUGUCGAAAAAUUGAUUUUGGGUAAUAAAUGUGAUAUGGAAGAUAAAAGGAUCGUGAGCAAGGAAAAGGGAGAAGAGAUUAGUAGGGAGCACGGUAUCAAAUUUUUGGAAACCUCAGCAAAAGCAAACAUAAACAUAGAUUUAGCUUUUGAACAAUUAGCAGAAGCUAUUUUGGAUAAAAUGGCUGGAAAAGAACAAGGGGAAGCAACGGACAGAAUACCAUUGUCUCAACGUCAGGACCGAGGGAGCAAUCGAUGCUGUUAG